AUUGAAAUGACGUCGACGAAAACAACGCGCUGGGGCAUCUUGGGCUGCGGCCGCAUCUGCAACGACUUUGUCAUGGGCCUGCAGCUCGUGCCCGGCGCCAGCGUCGUCGCCUGCGCCUCGCGCAGCCUCGCAACUGCCCAAGCCUUUGCCGCCACGCACGAGAUUCCGACGAGCUACGACUCGUACGACGCACUGUGCGCCGACCCGCAGGUCGACGUCAUCUACGUUGGCACGCUGCACACGCUCCACCACCCGCACACGCUCCUCGCGCUGCGCCACAACAAGCACGUGCUCGUCGAGAAGCCCAUGUCGAUGAACCAGCGCGAAGCCGACGAGAUGGUCGCGCUCGCCAAGGAAAAGGACCUCUUUCUCAUGGAAGCCAUGUGGACGCGCUUCUUCCCGGCCGUGCGUCACGCGCGCCAGCUCUUGUCCGAGAACGUGCUUGGCGCUGUGCAUGCGGUCAAGGCCGACAUGGGCUUUGCGUUUCCUGCCAACGCUGACCGGAUUUGGAAGCGGUCGCUUGGCGGCGGUGGCCUUCUCGACAUUGGUAUCUACCCGCUCGCGUUCGUGUCCAUGGUCUUCGGUGGCGAAGAGCCCUCGCACGUGCACACGGUCGGCGCCAUUUCAGCCGACGAGGGCAUCGACACGUAUGCGGUCGUGACGCUGCAGUAUGCAGGCAGCCGGUUUGGCACGAUCCAGUACUCGUGUCUCGCCGACUUUGUCGAGGAGGUCGUCAUCAUUGGUGCAAAGGGCACGCUGCGCAUCAACGCCCCCGCGCACGUGGCCGACAAGCUGACGCUGACGCUGCACGGCCAAGCGCCGAUCGAGCUGUCGUUCCCGCACCCGACUCCCGCGCCGUCCAAGAGCAGCUUCAACUUUGGCGGCUCAGUCGGCUUUAAAUUUGAAGCCGAGACUGUCUCGCGCUGCAUUCAGAAUGGCGACCGCGAGUGCGCUGAAUAUCCCCUCGCCGAGUCGCUGCUCUUGUCGCGCAUCAUGGACAAGGUGCGCCAGUCGCUCGGUGUUGUCUACGAUGCCGACGAGACGCCGCAGAGCAACUUGUAACUUCAACUCAGAUUAGAAACCUCGUUCUAUACUGCGAGAUUGUAGUAUGCA